GGAAACAUUUAUCCAUGGGCGUGGAAUUGAACAGCCGAACAACAAGAACACAAGCCAAACCAAAACUGCCUCUUCCGCCGGAUUGGAAACUACCGGAUGCUACCGGCGCUGCUAAUCCAACGCUUUCCACCUUAAAAAUAUCCGAUUAGCGCCUCUAUCAACAACCCGUAGGCCGUAGCUACUUGAAUUUAUAUAGCCACCAUUAGAGAAGGUAGGAAGGGGAGAGCAGCCAAGACACAAGAAAGGGUGGGGAGGACUGGAGAAGGUUAGGAAGGGGAGGGAGAUAAAUCGAGGGGAAGGGUAGAACCCUGGAGGAAUUGGCCGGAAUAGACACGACUUCUUGGGCGAAUUCCUAGCGAUCGGAUCGAAGCAGUCCAAUCUUUGAAGUCGGCCAUGCGGUUGAUUUCUCUGUUUGGUUUGUCUGGAUUGUGAUGGGCAUGGCUCGUCCCAGGUUUCUGGUUGCUUGUUCAGGCUCAAAGUAAUGCUUCAUCUCUGGUUGCUGUGGUAGCAUUGGAAAGAUGAUGGUAUCCUUGCUUCAGAUGCAUUUGAGUCGGAUAUCAGAGUGUGGUUCUACCCUUCCAGAGACUGAUUUCAGUAGAUGAUUCUUGGAGCAUCAGUUUGCUGUUCUGGUGACUGAAAUACAGAUUCUGAAUUAGGUGCAAAUCCAAAUUAGGAAACAAAAUCUUUCAGCGAGGAUAAGAAAGAUUGGUUGCGAUGGGUUUACCUCAACUUUCUUCAGUCAAGGAUGAUGCGCCAACAGCACCGCACACAUCCUUUUCGUGUCCUCCACAUUGUGGAGGUGUUGGUGCCUGUGAUUUGGAUGGCCUUGCAGGAAGCUCAAGUAGCAGGGUGUUUUCAUACCCAUUGAUUGGUGAUUUCAAUAGAAAAACUGCAUUAGAUGCUUCGAAUGAAUCAAAUGGGUAUUCCAAAGAUGGGUACGUGUUUGACGAAUCUGCAGACCUCCAUGGACCAAAAAUCGACUCAAGAGAUGCACGUUAUAGGAUUUGUCCUAAACUGGUGCCUUCUGUCCAUAUGCCAGCAAGGAGGGUUGUGGGCUUUGAAUCUAGUUGUAUUGGGGCUUCUGAUGGAACAGAAACAGAUACAGAUAAAGUCAAUUCAUCUUUGGUCGACAGCAGUUGCCAUUUGCCAUUUGAUCAGCAUGAGCUUCAGGCAAGGAAGAGACUUCUAUCCCCAUUGAAAAAUGUGCUCCCUAAACAGUUCCAUGGUGAUACGCUCAACAUUUCUUCUGGUGAUUCUAGCUUUAGGCAUUCUGAUUCAGCCGGUAAACUAUACAGUUCUGGUUUCCAAGAUAAUAAAAAAGCCAACACCAGAUGCCUCAAUUCUUUUGAAACACAGGACACUCCAACCUCUAGGUGCUCUAAUUGGAGCCCAGAAUGGGAUGUUACUAGGAGCAUUUCUGAUUCAUUCACUGAUGGUCCUUUACUUGGGAGCAAGGAUUCUAUAUCCUAUUACGACCAUCUAGCAGCUAGUGCGAAAUUAGCACACUCUCCGCUUUCUCUGUCUCCUCUUAGCCCUAAAUAUAUGAACAAAAUUAAUGUUACAGGAUCUCAAAGAUAUAUGAGAGAUCUUGAAAAUGACUUCCUUGAUUUAAAGGAAACUGGAUGUUCUGAUGGAACUAGGAUGCAGGAGAUAUCAGAAGAAACUAACUUCUUACAUGAUGAACUUGAUGUUAUGACACCUAAAUGUAGUUCACUGAGAAGAUACCGAAAUUGGGGCCCUGAAUUUUCCCCUACAUCUCCUCGAAUCGGUUAUGGUCGGAGUUCGAGUUUACUUGUGAGGAGGUCACUAGUUGGCUCCUUUGAGGAGUCCCUUUUAUCUGGUCGAUACUCAUAUGGAAAAGAAAAUCAGACAAUUGAUGGUUUCUUAGCUGUUCUAAACAUCACUGGUGGUAGUUUCUUCCCCACAACUCAGAAACUUCCGUUUUCAGUAACAAGCAUCGAUGAGGAUAGCUCCUUAUUGUACUAUUCUUCUAUUGAUCUUGCGGGGAGACUGCCUGCUAAUAACAGCAAAAGUCCAAAGCUCCAAAGAAGCUAUAGCAAUAAUGAUUCACGAUCAGCAAAGAGUCAUCUACGCAUCCCUGUUAAGGGUCGCAUACAACUGGUCGUGAGCAACCCGGAGAAGACUCCACUUCAUACUUUCUUCUGCAACUAUGAUUUGAGUGACAUGCCUUCUGGAACCAAGAGAACUGAAUGUUCAUCGUAUGGUUAUAUGUUUACCUGUCUGAAUAUGUUCAGACAUUGUUUUCCUUUUUGGACUUUCAUGCGGCAAAAGGUCACAUUGUCCCCCUCUGUCUUACCCUCUAAUCCUGCGGAAGAAGGAAACAGGGCCUGUGAUGUUAAUAUUGGGCCCAAAUCUUCUGAGUCAGUCUCAUGUGGAAGUGAACCUAGAGAACGGGGAACUCUAUAUUGUGAAUGCUGCAGCUGUGGACAGAACUGCAAGUCAAAUGACGAAUCAGAAAAAGGAGAUCUGAAUGCAAGAUGUCGCUCUCCUGGGAAUAAGAAAGACAAUUCUGAUUCUGAUGAUUGCUGCUGUCAAGUGGAUAAGGUUGGCUUAGGUGGAAAGAAACCAUGCUGCUCAUCUUCUAAGAUCAAUGAUAGUUCAGGCGGAGGUGUGCUUCGUUAUGCUCUGCACCUACGUUUUCUGUGCCCCUCCUCCAAGAAAUCCUCGAAAUCAAUGCUACGGUGCAAAUCUGAUCCAUCAUCAGCGCCAUACAACAGUAAUACGGUGGCCGAGGAAGAGCGUAGAUUCUAUAUCUACAACGAUCUUAGAGUUGUAUUUCCUCAAAGGCACUCAGAUUCAGAUGAAGGCGAGCUGCGAGUGGAGCAUGACUUCCCCGCUGAUCCCAAGUACUUCGACAUAAGCAACUGAUGUUUACUGUGCCCUGAUCUCUUGUAUAGCUUGCGCUCCUGCGCAUAAAAAGAAUCUGUAGAUAUUUUACCAUGACUAACUCGGUCACCAGCCGUUUCAUCUUUCGCCAGCAAACUGUACAGGUUUAAUCUUCCAAUAAAAUGCAUGUUCUCAAAUGUUCUAUCUA